GUUGUUCAGACUGCAGCAGUCGCCACGUCACGCAGCCCAAUUAACCAAUCAUCAUCAUCGAUCCGGGCUCCUCUUUCACACUGAAAUCGCAAGAAGGGACAGAACGGUUCAUGACCGAGUCCAAGAGGUGGUUAUCAGGCAAUAACAAUCAAGGAGGAAAGGAGAGAUCGGAACGAAUGAUUUAUGAGGUGUUUAAAAACCGCGAGAUCUCCAGAAGAGACAAAGUAAUGCUUCAGCACGUUACACAGCUGCUCUUCUCUGGAACAGGAUUCCUCGAGGUCCUCACGUCACCUCAGCACCAGUAAAUUCCCCAAAGAUUAUAUUCAAGGAUGUCUUGCAGUUCGCCACGAGAGGGCGCUCCUAUACCGUCCUAAUGUGUUGGCCAGUCAACGAAACCCUUAAGGGCAGGGGAGGUGGUUUCAGUAGCUCAAUCUGUAAGGAGACGGCCCACUAAGGACAGACAUGUAAAAAUAAAACAACGACAGAAUUGCAACACGUAGGAUUGUAGUCUUACAGAGUCUGACGCCCAAGGAUGCCAGCAAACAGUUCAGUGUGGCUUUCAACACCUGCAUAUCCUCUUCUCAAGAGUUCUGUCCUCUCUCCGUUGAAUGCCACCUUUCCAGACUGGGAAGCACCAGCCUUCACUGUAGCCGCCCGCUGUCGCGUAGCUGCCACUCUGGUGCUCUUUGUCUUUGCUGCCCUCAGCAACCUGUCAGUCUUGAUCAGUGUGUGCUGGGGUCGGGGUUAUCGCCUCGCGGCACACCUGCGGCCGGUCAUCGCCAGCUUGGCGUCGGCUGAUUUGGUGAUGACGUUCGUGGUGAUGCCACUGGAUGCCAUUUGGAAUAUUACCGUGCAGUGGUAUGCUGGGGACAUCAUGUGCAAGGUGUUGUGUUUCCUGAAACUCUUUGCCAUGCAUUCGGCAGCGUUCAUACUGGUUGUGGUGAGCCUGGACCGAUAUCGUGCCAUUCUCCAUCCGCUGGAUUCCCUGGAUGCCGGGCUGAGGAACAAACGCAUGUUGCUGGUAGCCUGGACACUGAGCUUAUUGCUGGCCUCUCCACAGCUGUUCAUCUUUCGGGCCAUUAAGGCAGAUGGAGCCGACUUCACUCAGUGUGUCACCCACGGCAGUUUCCAGCACCGCUGGCAGGAGACGGCAUACAACAUGUUUCAAUUUGUGACGCUGUAUGUCUUCCCUCUGCUUGUCAUGACCUUCUGCUACACAAGCAUCCUCACCAAGAUCACUGGGCAGAUGCACAAGAGCAAAGAUGGUGAUGGAUGCAUGCGCCGAAGUGGAAAAGACAAGAUUCCCAAAGCACGGAUGAAGACCCUCAAGAUGACCAUAGUGAUUGUCAGUUCCUUCGUCAUCUGUUGGACCCCCUACUACAUUCUGGGGAUCUGGUACUGGUUUCAACCAGCCAUGAUCAAGCACACUCCAGAGUACAUGCACCACAUUUUGUUUGUCUUCGGCAACCUCAAUACAUGCUGCGACCCUAUCAUCUACGGCUUCUACACGACCUCCUUCCGGGCCGACCUAGCUGAUGUGAUGGCGUGCUGCCGCCACAGACGCACCAACAACGACUCGCCGCGCUCUGUCGAUCGCCUUUCAGCGAGGAGCCCUGGAGCUGCUGGGGAGAUGGAGUCUGACCUGAGCUCCAACCCACACAGUGGUAACCCAGGAUAUGUAGAGUCUUAACUCCUAUUCAGUAAGACUUUUAUAUCUGGUAUCACUAAUGUAUCUUAUAGCAUACUCAAGGGGAGACUGUGAGUACGUUAUAAGAUUAUGGAACUGUUUUAAAAUGAAAAAGGUUUUCACUCAUGUUAACUACCAAAAUUAAUUCUUAGAUAAUUUCGAAUAUGCUGCAACAUCCAUGUCUACCAGUUAAAUGAAUGUACACUAUGUGAACCAAAGUAUUUGAACAUCUUAUUGUAGAAUCAUGGACAGAUACUCAAAACUGACAAAACAUGUAGAGGGGCUUUCUCCUCUUUUGCUACAACAACUCUAUUUUCACUUUUCUGGAAGACUUUCUCUCUUUGUAACUAAGUAAGGUUUUCUCAAGUUUUUCCACACAAAACCUAUCCAACCAUGCUUUAUGCGUUGUGGAACACACAUAUUGGGAUAGAAAUGUCCCAUAAUUCUGUAUUACCCAACCUCUGUUUGAAUAAUUACCAUGCUAAUAUAUGUUUGGCCCCGUAUUGCUUUUUAACUAUUUUUCCUACCUGCCAUUGGAAGUGAAGAUGGAAAUUAGCUACAAAAAUAUAAUCCAGUUCCAGUGCUGCAGAAGCACAUUUUUUGAGAAAAACAAAGAUAAUUAAGUGAACAAGGCUAAGAACUUUAAAAACGUUUUCUUUUUUUACACCCAACGUAGCUUAAAAUAUUCUGAACCUGGCCACCAGAUAAAUGUGGCAAGCUAGCCUUCUAUCAAAUGAUAAAGUUAGCGAAACUACAUCAAUGCUACUUUAGCUUGGUGGAGCAUCUCCGAGAAAAUUUAUGUGUGAAAAUUUUGUAAAUCCCUUAGUCCAGAAAAAUGAACACUUAAUUCUAAAAUAUUUGGAUAAUCAUGCUUUUUGUGUAAAUGUUCUGUGAGGAUGCAAUGAGUAGCAUAAAUUUGUUAAAGCAUGGCCAGUAGAGAUUGAUGAAAUGUACCGGUACAUUCCACUGCCCCCUUAUAUAUCCAGUUGCGUUCUCUCCAUAAUCCAAAUUGCUUCGCACAAUUGGAUGGACACUGUCUGGCCCAGGCAUCAGUUGUAGGGUAAGCUCCAUGAUUAUGAUGAUGUCAGAUGAAAGAGAAGCAUUUUAGGAUUCCUGUCCCUGUUAAAAGGUGGGACUUGUGAACGCAACCACGCCAGUGGGUUGUGUGAGCACGAAAGCAGGUUACCCACUGAAGAGCAACAGUGAUGCUACGACUAUGCGACUGAGAAAUGUAGUAAAGACAAAAGUAGAGAUACUCCUGUCCAACACCGUCUAGUCGGCCAUUUCUGCACUUGAGUUUUCUGUUUACUGUACAUGGUCACUAACAGAUAAACUAAAACAAGCAAACAAACAAAAAUUAAGCAUACAACUGUAAGAGUAUUUUUAACAUCUUGAUAUAUUUCUUUUUGAUUUCUUUUUCAGAUAAACAUGGAAGAGAACUUAAACAACACACAAAAAUAGUAACCUACGGUAAAACAUAGAAUGCUUUGACAGGAAUUAAUUCGAUACACCACCACCAAGCACACCAACACAUUUCAUAUUAUGUGAAUUAUAAUCCAUUUCUGUCAAAAAUCUUGGCAUUCUUUGUCUUCCAGCAGUGUUUGAUUAUCCACAUUCAUUGGCUGUUGGUUAAUUUUCCUGACAUGGUUUGAAGAAACAACACAGAAAUAAAGAACUUGGCAAAUCUCCUUCAAUGGCAUACCUCUGUAUGAAGCAAGAAACUCAUUCUACUGUAUAGUUUGUAUGCUCAACACGUUUACAAUCAUUUUUACGGCCUUAUUUCUUGCUUUUGUUUAGCAAUGCCGAAGUGACCCAGCACAAGUCCGCAUUACAAAAACCCAUUAUGCAAACAGCAGUUUAAGGAGAAAAAAAUCAGCACUUUGGAGCUUGCAGGACUAACAGCACAGACUGCCACGCACUCAAUGCGAAGCGUCACAACCAAUCAAAGCGCUGCAUAUAACUAACAUGCAAACUGAAACAGAAAUGCAAGCCACAGUGUAGUGGAAGAAUUGAUAUCGACUUAUGUAGUGUUUUUAAAACGCUGGCAAGAAUAUUUGUACUGUAUAAAAACUAAACUUCUUCUGAAAACCCAACACCAACUUUUACUACUACUACUUCUUUUUUUGAAUUUUGCACCAACCCAAAUUGUACACUCGAUGAAACCACCGAGCUCACACCCCUGCCAUUACAGUAUCUGUUUCAAGCUCCACCUACAGCAAUAUCCUGACUACUGAUAUUAUUGGUUUUUAAUGUUGUUUUUGGACUUUUCAGCUUUUUGCCUACACUAAACCACAUUUUAUAUCGUCGUUGUUUAGACCACUUGCCAAGAGGCCAAUCAGCUUGCUCUGAUGUCAUCAAUAUGCUGCUAAAGGCCUCAAAGGGGCACAUUUGCAUUUUUUUUUUAAAUCUGGGGAUUGCUGUGUUAUCCUGUGAUGGAACCGCUACAGUUUGAAAUUGUCUUUUGCAUUUCAGGUCAGUGACAGCAACUCGGCAAUCACACCCAUCUGUAAUAAAAUAAAAUUGAAUUUCUGCUUUUUAAUAAGACUGCUUCAAAGAUGGUGUUCCUGCUAUAAUUCUUGUGAUAUUCACUUGAUUAACUUAAUAUUGGAAAAUUCAUUGACAUGGAUAAACAGAUUUACAAGUUCACAACAGUGCUUUCUUCCUUCAUAUAAUGAGGCAGUAAAAUGUUUUUAUUUUGCAAAGUGUCAUCUGAAAGCUAUAUUGUCUUUUGUCCAAGUAAAUGUUAUGGUGGUUUAGUUUGAGUUUGAUAUAAUUACAAAUACUGCAAUGUAACCAUAGUAAUAUAGUUCAGACAAAGAAAUAUUUAAAAGGCUUGUUCUAUCAGCGGUUGCUGGCCUGUCUUAAAAAUGCACACGUUCCUGACACAGACAUUAAUUACACUUGGCAUUCGUUCAGAAUGAGUGUUCUUUUCCUCAAUAUGAAGACAAUGGACCAUUUCUAUAACAGUUUCUAUAACCUUGCAUGACUGUGAAAAAACUGAAUGUGAUAUGUGAUGUGCAAUACACAGUGGUCACUAGUCAGUGUCAAACGCAAUGAUUUCUGUGAUCAGCAAGAUAUAAGCUGUAGUGCAAAUGUGCAUUGGCAGUACGAUAUUGUAUGCGCAAAAUACUGUGUGGAAUUUAUAUUUUUCUGAAUAAGACUAAUCAAAUCAAUACUCAAUAAAAGUGAUGUGAGA